AUGGGGAAAGGCACGGAGGUGAAGACCAGGCCGGACCCGGAAGUGGAGAUCCAGGAGAAGGGCGAGGUGUUCUUUUUCUACCGGCCCAAGGUGGGCAAGGAGGAGGCGCACAGCCCCGACGACGUGCAGCGGAUGUACGUCGUCCUGCGCCCGGAGUCCGUCCAGGAGGGUGCCGUCGAGGAGAAGCAGGCGCCGGACUCCGGGAAGGAGGGGAAGAAGAGGAAGACGCGGCACGGCGGCGAUGACCAGGGAGACGGAGGCGGCGGCGACGAAGGCGGCCACGGCAAGGAGGAGGUGAACGUGGAGGAGCGGCCUCUGCUCCGUCUGAUCGUGAUGGGGAAGAAGAGCCUGCCGGACCCGGCGAAGCACGGCCGGCCCUACUGGGGCUACGUGGACCUCGUCACCACCAACGUCGAGGACAUCAAGGACGCCCUCAAGGGAGCGGAGUACGACACGAAGACGCGCGGCAAGCGGCACCUGGCCGCGGCGAGGGCGCUGGGCGAGGGCGUGUACCGCAUCGUCAAGCACGACGCCCCCGGCGGCCGUGGCGGCCGCGAGCACACCCACCUCGUGUACAAGCUCGAGCUCCCAUUGCCGUCUGCGGCAGGUGGCGAGGAGGACGGCGUCGGCGAGCCGCAGGAGGCCAUGAACGUGGAGCCGGAGGCGUCGUUCCUGGUGCAGAUCAAGAACCCCGAGCAGGGCGGCGGUGGCAGAGGAGGCGGGGGCGGGGGCGGGUUCGGUGGGCUGCAAGGGAAGCGCAAGGCGGCGUUCCCGGAGCACCUGCAGGGGCGGUUCGGGAGCAACCGAUACGCGCCGGCCGACCCGCCGGACCUGCUCAACUACGAGGGGUGCGAGCUGCUGCUCAUCUCGGCGUCGGAUGACGUCGAGGAGGAGCUGGGCCUGGAGCUGCACACCGAGACGGAGAAUGAAACAGAGCGCGCGGGUGGUGGUGAUGGCGAGGGCGGCCGUGCCGGCGCGGGGUGCUCGGACCUGGUGAAGAUGUUCGGCGAGGUGGCAGACGUGAAGCCGCUGCUCAGCGGGAGCUGGGACUAA